AGUAGAAUUCGCGCGCGCUUGGAGUGCAGAAAUCGGCCCAAAAAGUAGGAAAAUAUUAAUACUUUCAAACUUUUUCAGUUUCGCCGUCGUUCUCGUUGGAAAAGUAGACGGUGAUUGUGUAACAAGCGCGGAAAAUAGCCUGCAAUUACAGCGACGAGGAAAACACCACAAAGCUUCUGUUUUGCGCUUCUGUUCCUGUUGUUUGGUGUAGCGUUGGAUUCUAUAAACGAAUGAUUUAGGCGGCUUAAAUGGAUAUGGACAUGAUUAAAACCGAUCCCCUCGAGUUGGAGAUCUCGAUGGACUGCGACAGACACUUGGAAAUGGAUUCCGACCACACGAUAACCCUGAUCGAGUUGGUCAAACAGUAUCCCGUGCUGUACGAUACUUCGCAUCCGAAGUUUAAGUACAACGAGAAAAAGGGCGAGGCUUGGGAGCAUAUAUCAGCCAGUUUGAACGUGGAUUCUGAAAUUCUAAAAACACGAUGGCGAAGUCUGCGCGAUACUUUCAUACGACGCAAGAAAGAACCGAAGAGAUGGAAAAAGUGGCGGUGGUCAGAUCGUCUAGCGUUCUUGGAAAAUACUUACCAUCCGGAACCAAGGACCAGAACAAAACCAACGGUUGUUGACAUAGAACCAGUCUUCGAAGCACCUGCACCAACCUUCGUUCAAGCAACUACACCUACUUUCCUUUCAACACCUACACCAACUAAAAUUACCCCCAAAAUAGAAAAAUCCGUAUCAAAAGGGGAAAAACCCGUAUCCGGAAGUCGGCAGAAUGAGAUUUCCGAUGUAGACAAGGUUUUAGGAUUCUUAUCCAAAAAGGAGAAAAAGGACUCAUCCGAUCUUCUUUUUACUCAUUAUGCUUCACUAUUCAAAACUCUAGAUAGGGAUCUGCAAGCUGAUUUGAAGAUACAGCUCGCAAAUAUGUUUGUUAAAGCAGAACUUGAACAACAAAAACGAGACGAAGGCAUUGUAGGUUCAGAAUAGACUAAGCAUUCAUUCUAUUUGUCGUAAAACUGUUUAUGCAGUUCGUUUGUUUUAAGUAAAUAAAUGCCUUACCCCG